AGGUGGGCAGAAGCAUGUGGGUUGAAACUAGGGAAUUGGAGUGAAGUGCUACUGAUCGACAAGGAACAUAAUAGAGAGAGGGAAUAGAGAAAAAGUCAAAAAGAGAAUAGAGAAAGGGAGGUAGAGGGCCGACAGAGAGAAAGAGAAAUGGGAAUGGAGAAAAAGUAGAGAAAAGGGUGUGGGUUGAAACAAUAAGAAAAGAAAGACAGAGUGCUAAAAGGGGAGGCGAGUCGAGUGCUCGCGGCUCUGGGAGCACAAGCGGUGGACGCCGGCAGCUGUGGGCUGCGAACUUUGUUGGAUUGAGGCGGGUUGACUGGGAGUUCGUGACGCCGGACUGAGUCUAACUGGGAGAUCUGUGGGUUGCGAUGAAAUCCAAAAUCUGGUCGAUCUUUGGAGAGCGAUGAACUGAAGAUCUACGAAGAGCGACGUCUGGGCAGAGCAGGGAAGUCGGGUUGAGCAGCGAAGUCUGGGCUGCGAACUGAAGAAUCCGGUCGACGCACGGUCUGGCGUGAUCUGAACGGAAGAUCAAAUCGGGGCACGGUCGGGAACUGCAGAUGGAUUAUGUUUGAAACUGAGAUGGAACUGCAGUUAGCUCAGUUGGCUGGACGGCGCCGAAAAAGACGAACUGGACAAGCUGAUCUUUGGCGCCGGAGGAAGACGAAGGCGGUCUGGAGAGACGAGGCCGGUCUUGAAAGUGAAGCUGAUGUAGAAAGGUGAAGUCAACCUUGAAAGGAACAGACGACCUGAUCUGGGCAGGGUGGAAUCGUUUUCUAAUAUCUUUAUUCUUUUCUUUUUCUUCCUGAGGUAGAGCAUGGCCCGUGAGGUGAAGCGAUUGGAUUCUAUCAGCAGAUCCCCUGUAUAUGCACAAUUUAGUGAAGCAUUGAAUGGUUUAUCAACUAUUCGUGCAUACAAGGCAUAUGAUUGGAUGGCGGACAUUAAUGGAAAAUCUGUAGACAAUAAUAUCAGAUUCACACUGGUGAACAUGAGUGGCAACCGUUGGCUUGGAAUUCGUUUGGAAACAUUAGGAGGCUUCAUGAUAUGGUUAACAGCUACCUUUGCUGUUAUGCAGAAUGGAAGAGCAGAGAAUCAGCAGGAGUUUGCAUCCACUAUGGGUCUCCUCCUUAGUUAUGCGCUUAAUAUUACAACUUUAAUGACCGCUGUACUGAGACUUGCAAGUCUUGCUGAAAAUAGCUUAAAUGCUGUUGAGCGGGUUGGUACAUACGUAGAUGGUAGAUUUGCGUUCAGAGGCUCCUGCUGUCAUUGAGAGCAACCAACCCCCUCCUGCAUGGCCUUCAUCUGGAUCAAUAAAAUUUGAGGAUGCUUUGUUACGUUAUAGGCCUGAGCUUCCUCCAGUUUUGCAUGAGUUGUCUUUCACAGUUUCUCCAGGUGAGAAGGUUGGAAUUGUUGGAAGGAUUGGGGCAGGGAAAUCCAGCAUGCUGAAUGCUUUGUUUCGAAUUGUUGAAUUAGAAAGAGGAAGAAUCUUGAUUGACAAUUGUGAUAUUGCUAAGUUUGGACUGACAGAUCUAAGGAAAGUUCUUGGUAUUAUACCUCAGCCACCGGUUCUGUUUUCAGGAACUGUGAGAUUUAAUCUCGAUCCUUUUCAUGAGCAUAAUGAUGCUGACAUCUGGGAAGCUUUAGAGAGAGCACAUUUAAAGGAUACCAUCAGGAGGAAUUCUUUGGGGUUAGAUGCUGAGGUCUCGGAGGCAGGAGAGAAUUUUAGUGUUGGACAGAGGCAAUUAGUAAGUCUUGCUCGAGCGCUGUUGCGGAGAACAAAAGUUAUUGUUGUGGAUGAAGCAACUGCAGCUGUUGAUGUCAGAACUGAUGCUCUUAUUCAAAAGGCUAUUGGUGAAGAGUUUAAGUCGUGUACAAUGCUGAUAAUUGCUCAUCGUCUAAAUACUAUUAUUAACUCUGACCGAAUCCUUCUGCUUGAUGCUGGUCGGGUAUGCUUUGUUCAACACUAAUAAGUACUUUAUUACAAUUCUUUUUUAGAAUAUGAUUCUCCAGAGCACCUGCUGUCAAAUGAAGGAAGCGCUUUCUUUAAAAUGGUCCAAAGUACAGGAUCUGCAAAUGCUCAAUAUUUACGAAGCUUGGUAGGGGAAGGUAAAAACAAGUUUGGGAGAGAAGAUCUGAACAAACAACUCUAUGGACAGAGGAGAUGGGCGACCUCUUCCUCUUCUCCCUGGGCUGCAGCUACCCAGCUUGCCUUAACUGUUAGCCUGACUUCUUCACAGAAGGAUCUUCAACUGCUGGAAAUUGAAGAUGAGAACAAUAUCCUCAGGAAGACCAAGGAUGCAGUGAUAACUCUCCAAGGAGUUCUGUAAGGGAAGCAUGAUAAAGUUAUUGAGGAAUCUCUUGAGCAAUACCAGAUCUCAAGAGAUGGGUGGUGGUCAGCUCUAUACAGAAUGGUUGAAGGUAUGAAGACUUGUGUGACAUAAAGCAUGUAGAGAGGCAACAAGCAUGGCAAAUAUCAUCAUUGACUCUAGGAUUCGAAUUACAAAUUGACAAGAGAAGAGGAAGUUCAUCAUUCAAAGUGGAGCUGUUCAACACGCUCGUUCCUGUGCAGAUCAGCCUGCUUGCACGCUGAGAAACGUCUUUUUCGGGACCUCUGAUCAAAAUCCUUCCUUCAUCAAAGUUGUUCAUCUCUGUCUCUUCUAUCUGACCUCCAAAUUUCAGCCUUGUUGGAGUCGUUUUGAGACAUGUACACCAUUCGAAGUGGGAGCUGUUCAUAAGCGAAUCUGCUCCGAAUUUCAACAAUUUCGGAGUUUAAACUUCCACGAAAGCUAAAAUAAUAAGAUUUCCGAGCUAUGCUACCAAGAAAUCAAUUUCCAAUAAUAUUUAGAUUAAACCAAAACAAUGAUGUUUAAUAUGGUCAUAAAUUGAUGCUUGCGGACACUCUUAGUCCGAAUAUUAUGAACACUCUUAGUUCAUUGAUUACGAACGCUCUUAGUUCGUUUAGUGUGAAUCCCUACAAUUCCGCUUUUUGGUCUCCCUUAUGAAGAAGAUAGGGGGGUAGAAGAAGGGAGGUUGCAAGUACCUGAAUAAAGAAAUUGAAAGAAACAAGAAAGUAGGUACUUUAAUCUUUAAAACUUGUUGAAAUUCGGAGCAGAUUCGCUUAUGAACAGCUCCCAUUUCGAAUGGUGUACAGGUCACAAAACGACUCCAACAGGGCUGAAAUUUGGAGGUCAGAUAGAAGAGACAGAGAUGAACAACUUUGAUGAAGGAAGGAUUUUGAUCAGAGGUCCCAAAAAAGACGUUUCUCAGCGUGCAAGUAGGCUGAUCUGCACAGGAACGAGCGUGCUGAACAGCUCCACUUUGAAUGAUGAACUUCCUCUUCUCUUGUCAAUUUGUAAUUCGAAUCCUAGAGCAAUAUCGUGCUGAUAACGUGUUUAAGGACAAUCAUAAAUUAACAGAGAGGGAGAGAGUUUAGAUGCAGAGAAUGAAGAGUAAUCUAUAUUUAUUCUUCUCUCAAUGGAGGGUUUAUAUAGGAAUACAAAGCUAGUGUGAAUGCUCUAAGAGAAGAUCAAUUUGGUAACUAAGAUCAUCAUCAAACAGCUCCACAUGGCUGCUUCAAUGAUGAUAUUUGCCAUGCUUGUUGCCUCUCUACAUGCUUUAUGUCACACAAGUCUUCAUACCUACAUUUAUACACUCAAGUACCUAUUACAUGAUAUAGACAUUUAUACUAUAAUACAUUUAUACUACAACAUUCCCCCUUGGAUAUUUCAUGUCAAUAGUAUUGUCUUGGUGGUGCGCUUCUAAGUUGCCUCGUUAAAAACCUUGCCAAGUAAUAAAACCAUGUGGGAAAAAACAACCUUGAUCGAAGGAGAAAAAGAGCACAACGCGUGUUGAGUGUGAAGUAUGUUUCUGGAUACUCCCCCUGAUUUAGACUCCCCCUGAAGAUCAUGAGAGUUCGGAUAACAUUCUCAAUCCGAUGCUCUUCACAUGUUUCUCGAAAGGGGAUUUUAGUAACGACUUAGUAAAUUAGUCCGCUACAUUAUCCUCUGAUCAGAUUUGAUUUACUUCAAUAUUCAAAAGUGUUUGUUGUUGCUGACUGUAGAAGAAUUUCGGCGAUAUAUGCUUGGUAUUGUCGCCCUUGAUGAAACCUAAUUUCAUUUGCCCAAUACAAGCUGCAUUAUCCUCGUAAAUGCAUGUAGGUUCAUUUGUGGUAGACUUCAAACCACAAGUUUCUCGAAUGUGUCUAUUUACAAACCUUAGCCAUAUGCACUCACGCACAGCUUCAUGUAGAGCAAUAAUCUAUGCAUGAUUUGAGGAAGUAGCAACAAGGGUCUGUUUUGUGGAUCUCCAAGAUAUCGCGGUGCUUCCCAUGGUAAAGACAUAACCUGUUUGGGAGCGACCUUUGUGAGGGUCAGAGAGAUACCAAGCAUCAGCAAAGCCCAUCAAAACAUCAUUAUCAUUUUGAUGGAGGGGAGGAGGAGAACGUCGGCCACCAUGGAUGGUGUUGCUGGCGUCUAUAUUACGGAAGGUGGCUUUUUACCUUGUGGGGUCCGAUCCUAUGUUUCCGUCUUUUCUUUUCUCUCUUUAGGGAUAAAACAAGCCCAUAUCAAUUGUACCUUUCAAGUAUCGAAAGAUUGUCUUUAUACCAAUCCAAUGGCGGCCUGUUGGCGCAGAACUAUGUCGAGCUAACAAGUUCACUGCGAAUGAGAUAUCUAGUCUUGUGCAUUGAGCUAAGUACAAUAAUGCACCUAUUGCACUUAGAUAGGGCACUUCAGCCUCUAAUAAGCGUUCGUCCUCAUCCUUUGGAUGAAGCGGAUCUUUUCUGGGCUCAAGACUACGGCCGAUCAUGAGAGUACUCACAGGCUUUGCUUUAUUUUCAUUAAAGUGUCUUAGUAAUUUUUGAGUAUAUGCUGACUGAUGGAUCAUAAUUCCAUCACUACGGUGCUCGAGUUCUAUUCCGAGACAAAACCGUGUUUUCCCAAGAUCUUUCAUCUCAAAUUCGGAUUUCAAGUAUUUAGCAGUUCCCUUUAACUCAUCUUGAGUUCCAAUUAGGUUCAUGUCAUCGACAUAAACUGCUACAAUUGCAAAUCCGGAACUUGUCAUUUUAAUGAACAUGCAUGGGCAUAUUUCAUUGUUAACAUAUCCCUUCCCAAUCAAGUAGUCACUUAGACGGUUAUACCACAUCCGUCCGGAUUGUUUCAAUCCAUAUAGUGAGCGUCUUAAUCUUUUUGAAAACGCGCUCCGUGGUUUACAGCAUAGAGAUAUGCUGUAACCACAUCCAUAAGCUGCAUGUCAAGUUUUUCGGAAACUACCAAACUGACAAGGUAGCGGAACGUUAUAACGUCCAUUACGGGAGAAUAUGUCUCCUCGUAGUCGAUUCCAGGGCGUUGUGAGAAACCUUGCGCCACAAGGCGGGCUUUGUAUCUAACAACCUCAUUUUUCUCAUUACGCUUUCUAACAAAAACCCAUUUAUGGCCAACAGGCUGUAUAUUUGGUGGUGUCAGCGUUAUAGACCCAAAUGCCUGUCUCUUUGUUAGUGAAUCCAAUUCAGUCUGGAUCGCAUCUUUCCAUUUAGGCAAAUCUGCUCUUCAUUGACAUUCUUCAACGGAGCGAGGUUCGAUAUCGUCGUAUUCUAUAAUUCCUUUUGCAAUAUGAUAUGCAAAUGCAACAUCAAUAGUCAUAGAAUUUCUAUCCAUCAUCACAUGUAUACUAGUGUAAUUCAUGGAGAUCUCUCUAUUCUCUGGAAUUGGUUCUGUCAUUGGAGCGUCCCCCUAUGAUGUCUCUUGGACAUAACCAUAAUCCAAAAUAUUCUCAUGAGAUGGAUUAUUUGUAUGGAUGAUUAAUGGAUUAUUUUGUGCCAAACUCGCUUUCUUUCUUGGGCGAGAAUCCAUCGAACCUAUGGGCCUCCCGCGCUUCCUGGCAGGAGCCGUGGGCCUAGCUACUGCGUCACCCAUAUAGGGGACGUUGGCGCCAUUCUCAUGUACUCUUGAGAUGGCAUCAUGUCCUCUAGAAAUGGCAUCAUGUCCUCUAGUUUUAGGGACAUCAAUCAUUGCAGGCACAUUUGCAGCAGGUAUGUGUGAUCUCGUCACUUUAGCGAUAUCAAAAACGCAUCAGGCAUCGAUUCUGCUACGUUCUGAAGAUCGAGAAUUCUCCGCACUUCUAUUUUAGACUGUGCGGUUCGGGGAUCAAGAUGAGACAAAGUGGGGACAGACCACGACAAUUCCUAAACUUCAAAUGGUUGCUAGAGCAUUGAUUAUGCGCACCAAUCUCCCUAUUUCUGCUUGGGGCUAUGCAAUAUUGCACGCAGCUGUGCUUAUUCGUCUGAGGCCCACUGCCAACCAACCCUUUUCUGCAUGCCAGAUGGUGACUGGGUAUGAGCCUGAUGUCUCACACUUACGCAUCUUUGGGUGUGCAGUCUAUGUGCCAAUUGCGCCGGCACAGCGUAUCGCAUUAUCAUUCAAUGUCAUGGACAUGUGUUAAUAUUCCAAACUUUAUUAUUUUUCAGUAUUUUUUCUGGAGAAUUGGAAUGCCUUCUUGAUAGUGGCACCACACAUACUAUAUUGCGACAUAAGCAAUUAUUUUUAUGGAUAACGCCUAGUAGAUCUUCAGUAACUACGAUGACAGGACCAUCAUAAUUGAUUCAUGGUCGAGGACCAGCUCAAUUUUUGUUGCCGAAUGGCACAAAUAUUAAUAUCGCCGAAGCUCUAUAUGCUCAUAGGGCUGGAAGUACCCUAUUAAGUUUUAAAGAUAUAAGAGCCAAUGAUUUUCAUGUGGAAACACAUUGUGAGAAUGGACAAGAGAAGAAACCAACCUUGCCGAAGAUGAAGAUGGUGAAGAUGUCAAUCUCACCAUAAAGGACUUCAAAGCUAAAAAUAAAGCGCACGAGGAAGCUGCAGACUUUGAUUAGACUAGUCCUUUUUCUAUUUUCCAAGAAUGGCAAAUGUGCCUUAGUCAAUAAAUAACAACUGUAUUAACUCUUUCUCAUGUCUAGGAAUCAAAUGAAGUAUGAUGUCUAGGAAAGUAAUCGAGAUAGCGGUACUUAAGCGAGCCUCGCUCCACCAACAUCUCUCUCUACUUUCCUGGUCAUGUUUCAUUGGAGUUACCAAACGGAUUGAGUGACUACAAUUUGUCUCAGUUUGAUUUUAUUUUGGAAUAGACUUUGGAAAACUUUGAUGUAAUCAUUGGCUAUUUUCCUUAUUAAUAAAGUAUCGCAUUAUUAAUAACUUUAUUAUUUUUCAGUAUGUUUUCUGGAGAAUUGGAAUGCCUUCUUGAUAGUGGCACCACACAUACUAUAUUGCGACAUAAGCAAUUAUUUUUAUGGAUGACGCCUAGUAGAUCUUCAGUAACUACGAUGGCAGGACCAUCACAAUUGAUUCAUGGUGGAGGACCAGCUCAAUUUUUGUUGCCGAAUGGCACAAAUAUUAAUAUCGCCGAAGCUCUAUAUGCUCCUAGGGCUGGAAGAACCCUAUUGAGUUUUAAAGAUAUAAGAGCCAAUGAUUUUCAUGUGGAAACACAUUGUGAGAAUGGACAAGAGUUCCUUUGCAUCACCUCUAAUAACUACGGAAGUACACGAGUAUUAGAGAAACUUAUGUGUCGCUCUAGUGGAUUGUAUGCAACCACUAUUAGAGUCAUUGAAUCCAACCAUGUCAUGAAUGAAAAUUUAUGGGAUUCUAAAACAUACAGACUUUGGCACGACCGUUUGGGACAUCCAGGUCGUGAUAUGAUGCUCCGUAUAUUAAAAACUUUACACGGACAUCCAUUCUUCAAAACGAAAAGAAGUACGAACCAAAGAUUGGUCCAAAGAGUUACUUCUUGCGGACCAUUUAGAUAUUUUAUGGUGUUGGUUGAUGCAUCGACACGUUGGUCACAUGUCAUGCUCUUAUCCACAAGAAAUGCUGCAUUUGCUAAACUCCUAGCACAAAUCAUUAAAUUAAGGGCUCACCACCCUGAUCAUCCUAUUAAGACAAUGCUAGCGCUGGAGAGUUUACAUCAAAAACUUUUGAUGAUUAUUGCAUGUCCAUUGGGAUCGAGGUUGAACACCCUAUCCCUCAUGUACACACCCAAAAUGGUCUCGCAGAAGCUGCCAUUAAAAGACUUCAAAUGGUUGCUAGAGCAUUGGUUAUGCGCACCAAUCUCCCUAUUUCUGCUUGGGGCUAUGCAAUAUUGCACGCAGCUGUGCUUAUUCGUCUGAGGCCCACUGCCAGCCAACCAUUUUCUCACUACUAGAAAUAUGUUCAUUUACAUCACAUCAUUUAAAUCGGUCAUACUUGCCCACGAUGUAAAAAAGAAAUCUAACAUCGUUUUACGAAAAUACCGAUUUAAAUGUAUGUCAUUAACAUCAGUUCUUAAAAUGACCGGUGUUAAAAAUUUAGUUCGAAAAUUUGCGGGGACCUAUUUUUGCAAAAAGCGCCAAGUGUUUUAAUGAAUUCAAAGGCGUGGGGACGAAAACUUAAAAUUUUCACACUUAGAAAAAAAAAAAGCACCUGGCCCGACCCCAAAACCAAAACACAAACCCUAGGCGGCCAUACUCGAGCUCCUCCCAAAACUCGACUCUGAAUUAACCUCCAUUCUGGACCCAUACUCGAGCUCCUCCCAAAACUCGACUCAGUCGAACUCGCGGCCAUUAUUACCCUCGUCGAUCGCCUCCUUCAUCCAGUCCUUCAUCUUACGCGCCUCCCACUACGACGACGUCCGCUGCUGCCCUUCGUCAACUGUCGCUGCUGCCCUCCCCCUGCCAAACCAAGAAUGUCGACGCCGACCAAGACGCCCUCACCACGCUCAAGCUCAUCUGCAACCUUCGCGGCGUUAUCCUAAUUAACUCUCUGCUCCGCCGCGU